AUGAUGAUAGAAUACAAAAGGUCGGCAGGCAAAUCGGGUAGCGGAUUUAGCGCCAGUUAUCGCGUUGUUUGUGGUGGUACAUUAAAGAGGGACAAAGGCACCAUAACCAGCCCUGGAUUUCCGAGUAUCUAUUUGCAAGACAAGGAGUGUAUUUGGAAAAUUCAAGUGCCAGCUGGAUUCUCCAUUGCCUUAACAUUUGACACGUUUGACCUGGAAACUGAUAAGGACUGCUCAUACGACUAUAUAGAAAUAUUCGACGGUAUUCCUUUCUCCUCCCCAAUGCUGCAAAAGUUGUGCGGAACUGACUUACCAAAUCCGAUUUGGUCGACGAGCAACACAAUGUCCUUGCAUUUUGUUAAUCUCGGUGCAAUUGAAAGAAAAGGAUUUGUAGCCAAGUUCGAGAAGGUCAUCCACGCGGACAUUGAUUUCUGUGCGACCUCAAACCAUGGUUGCGAACAUAUCUGUGAAAACGUUCCAGGAAAUUACAUAUGUCGGUGUCGUGAUGGGUACAAGCUGCUCCCAGACAAAUCCUCAUGCCAACUCACGCGUUGCGGUGGCACCUUGAAGAUGGAAGAAGGCAAAAUUACCAGCCCCGGAUUUCCGGAAAAAUACGCAUCAGGCCUUAACUGCACCUGGAUUGUUGAAGUACCUGCUGGAUACUCCGUGGCACUCACAUUCACUGAUUUUGAAGUAACUGCCAAUAUUGUAGAUUUAACUUAA